AUGGCAUGUUUUUCUUUAUUUACUCAGGGCUGCUGUGGAACGUCAUAUAGUAUUGUCCCAUAUAUUGAUCCGGCAGCCACGGGUAUAGUUACAGGAUUAGUAGGAGCAGGAGGCAAUAUAGGAAGUUUAAUAUUUGCAGCAGUUUUCAAAGCUUAUGUUAAUGACAUACGAAUGGGAUUCAUGCGAGAAACUUCAGCAGAACAAAAUACUCAUCUAGAAAGAAGACGUGUAAGAGAUCAUUACGUCAAGAAAGAGAAACUUCAGCAGAAUGUGACACUUGAAGAAGAAAAGACCAGAAAAGACAGUGACAGCAUCGAGAACAAGAGACCUAUAGACAAGAAACCUUUUUUCGCUCUUGCAUUUGGUCCAAAUCUGGUGAAUUUAUUUGUAAGUUGGGCUUGA